GCGCGCACGGCGGGCUGUGAGCCGAAUCGCUCGCCGUAGCGAGGCGGCCCUACCCGCGCAUGCGCAGUGGUGGAGCCGCAGAGGGUGCGUGGCCGGAGGGCGGAAGGACGUUGGUGGGCUCGCGUCGAGGAAAUACGGUCAGCAUGUCCUCCGCGCUGUUGCCUAAGCCGCAGAUGCGCCGCCUUUUGGCCAGGCGGAUGAAGUUUCACUUGUUAGGGGCAUUUGUUGUGUCUGUCGGAUGUGCGGCAUUGUACAAGUUUGGAGUUGCUGAACCCAGAAAAAGAGCUUAUGCAGAGUUCUAUAAAAACUAUGAUCCCAUGAAGGACUUUGAAGCCAUGAGAGCAGCUGGUGUGUUUGAGUCUGCACCACCCAAAUGACCAUAAUCUGCAUUUUCAGAUCCACAGAUCCCCUUCAGCCUAAGGAGACUUAAGGACUGAACCUUACGUGUUCUCUGAAUUACAAAGUGUAAUGUACUUCAGCAUAUGAUGUGCUCUAAUAUAUCUCAAUAAAUAAAAUACGUACGUCAGCGA